AUGCUCAGAGUUAGGCUCAGAGGCAAUGCCGUUUCAACUUCCGUUCUCCUCGGCAUCAUCAUCAUCUCCUUCGGAGUCAUCCUCGCCGUCAUCUUCCUCGUCAUCUCAUUCGUCGUCGUCUUCGGCGGGCCGAGGGGAGCUCGGAAUGCCUUGAUGCACCCCAUGAUCGCCAACUUCGCAUCUCCCCUGACCACCGCCUCGAUCCAAUAUGUCAUCAAGAGGAGAAGAAGGCGCAGCGUCGUGAAGGGUGGACCUCACGCGCCUACUCUCACGCAUAGCAACGGCCAUGAUACCUCGAUGGCAAUAUUUGCUAUCAAUGAUGAUCGCGACAUCGUGAUGACCGAUGAUGAAGAUAUUGGCUUUACACCCGCAAGUUCUGAAGGAAAGCGAAAGCGAGAAGAUGAGAUGGCAGUAUUUCCCAGUCCCACACCGGCAGAGGUAUCCUCGCUCAAGCGCCUGGAGGAGGAUGAUGGUGACGUUUCAAGCCCGCCUCCUCCACAAGUUUGGACGCCGGCCUGCUUUGAUAUUCGAGAUGGAUGGGAGCUGAAGCUUACGGACAGUGGUUCCGCUGAGCGUGCCUCUGUCGCUGGCUCUGUCGCCGAGUCUGUCGCUGUGAGCGAGGCGACCGUCGUCGAAGCGCCUAGGGGCGUAACAUCGGCCACGUGA